CGUGCGCGUCUCUGGAUCUUUGUAUUGUAGACGGGAAAGGUCUUGAAGGCGAAACGCAAGAGCCAAAUUCACGGGAGAGACGGGCGGGUGCUCCGCUGCGGCGUGCUCCCAUCUCCUCGCCCGACGCCGGUGGCCUGGUCAGGUACCCAUCUCAUUUUCCCCCCCGGAGGCACACCGUCUAAAUGUGAUUUUUCUUCCACCCAGACAGACCUGGGACGGCAGAGGCGGACUCAUUUUUCAAUUCGAUCUGGGGGUCGGUGCAGCCGCCAGCGUGAGAUUAAGUAGAUUGGGGACGCCAAGGAGAAGAUCCAAGUAAGUCCAGGCCGUGAUUUGACCGAGGAAUCCUUGCGGGAUGGGGAGGAAAUUGCCCCCUUUUGCUCCGGCCGCGCCGGCGGCGACAAGGAAGCGAAAAGGUUCCGCCUUGGCCCCGCUCGCCGCGUGCAAGCACAGUGCGCCGGCGCGGCAAAUCGGUGGCUGGGCGUCCCUGCCCACCGACAUAGUGGGCCUCAUCACCUGCCGGCUCCUGGCCGGCGACGGCGAUGUGGUCGAUUACAUCUGCUUCCGCGCCGUCUGCUUCAGCUGGCGCGCCUGCACGCCCGCUCCCCGCGACCCCAAUCUGCGGGAUCCGCGCCUCCGCCCGCGCGGCUGGGUCGCGCUCUGUGACGGGGACGCCGUCCGCCCGGACGACGCCUGCGAGAUCGUCUUCUUCCACACGCGCACCGCCAGGCGCCUCCGCGUCCCCUUGCCGGAGCUCCGGCGGCACAGAAUCAUCGGCUUCACCGACGGUCUCGUCAUCCUCAUGCACAAGACCACCACCGCGGUCCGCGUGCUGCACCCGUUCACGCGCGACGUGGUCGACUUCCAGCCCCUCGCUACUCUGUACCACCAGGUGGUCAGGCACAAGGGGUCCCUGCUUGACAUGAACGCCGCGGUGUGCAGCAGCGCGGCGUCCUCCGCAGACUCCAUUGCCGUGGUGGUCUGGUUCCCCUACACGGACGUGGUGCUUGCGGCCGACCCGGGCUCAGAUUGGGAGGUCCUCCACAGAGGAUUCUAUGUUUGGUGCGCCUUGCCCUUCCAAGGAAGGCUCUAUGCCACCCUGUGUUGUUCGAGUGAGAUUGUGCAGCUAUACCCUCCGAGACGAAACGGACCGCAAGAGAACUCUCUGGUGGUGAUUGCUCGCGCUCCACAUUCUGCUGACCGCGAAGUCUGUAAUUUUACCUCGUGGAGUCUGGAGGAAGGAUGCUGCUCGCCGUCCGGCAGCCAGCUCCUUAUGCAAAUGGGGCAGAAUGGAAUGCGAUUGACUGGUCGCGACAAUUGGUCUGCAGGCUCUAUGUAGUGGAUCUGAACGGCGGCCAACGCCGUAAGCUCAUCCAGGUGAAGAACAUAGGUGACACCGCGCUGUUUCUCAGCCGCGACCGAUGCCUGUCAGUCUCAGCCAGGGACCUCCCUUCCUUGAGCAGCAACUCCAUUUACCUCAGUCUACCAUCGGACCCCAUUGUGGUGCAUUCGCUGGGCACUGGUUUGUCCGAGCGAUUGGCAGACUCCUGCCAGAUACACGACAGGACAGAGAGGAUCCGCCCCUCUGUGCAUCCCUUCACCAUUGUUGAUCAUCUUAUCACGUACUGCAAUCCUCGCGUGUGGAGUAAAGGGCUCAUGUUCCACGAGUACCACUAUAUACCUCAAUCUUUCGAGGAAUUGAUCAAGAAAAUAAGGGCACAAGAGAGGGAACUGCGGAUUCCACGCGCUGUGCAUUCGUGCUGAAGGAACAAACGCCAUGUUUCACAUUACUCACUGAAUUACAAAGGUGCAAAUAAUGCCAGUAGACACUAGGCACAGCUUCUUACAACUGUGUCAGUUGGAGUUUUUGAGUCACACAACUUCUAACCUGGCACACUGUUUGUUGAUCUGAUUUUAAUCAUUUUAUUGUGUUGUUGCAUACUCCCUCCGUCCGAAAAUACUUGUCAUCAAAAUGAAUAAAAAGGGAUGUAUCUAGAACUAAAAUACAUCUAGAUACAUCUCCUUUUAUUCAUUUUGAUGACAAGUAUUUCCGGACGGAGGGAGUAUUUGACAUGACUGAUGCAAUUUGCAGUUAGUAGAUUCCUACCAAGCUUAAGAGCAGUAGUUAUAUUACCAGCAAUGUGAUCUUAUUUUAACAUGGUACAUCUACAUAUGAGUAAACCAUUAUCUGUCACGUGUGCAUCAAUUGUUUAUAGCAGUAGUUAUUACCAGCAAUGAUCUUAGUCACUAUAUAUCGAGGGUACGCAAAUUGCGUACCUUAGCUUUAUAGAAGGAGAGCAAUGAGACUUACAACAACGUCAACCAUUCGUUGCGAAGAACGAAGGUGACCAACUCCACACCCGGUGCGUAUCUUAGUCACUAUAUAAGUGUAUAAGUGAACCAAUCUCAUUAUCCUUUUUGUGAACGUCACUUGUCUAUAGGUUUGGGAAACAUAUGGAGAUGAAGAGUGGGGACAUGAAGAUAUUUAUUUACGAGGGAUGGUUGCAACAUGCUGAACUUGUUAAACUUAUCAAUUUGUCCAAAUUUAAGAUUAUAUCGGAAUGGAAAAUCCAACCACAGUUUGUCACAUCAUGCUAUUUUCGAGGUGUAUUUUCUCAUGAAGGAUGUUUAUGUUGGUAUAUGUUUCAGUUGUCCGCUAAAUGAGAACAGCGCUGAAACUUUGUGUCUAUUUUUAAACUUUGAGAAAGUUUGCCCUUGUGACCUUC